GUAUAAUUGACUUUUGACAGCCGGUAUUCAUUUUUUAUUACCCAUUCAUCCAUUUUGUAUUUCCGCACGUGAAGUUUAAAGUGCCGUUUUGUAAAAAGAAAGUAAAUUCGUUGAAAAUGUUAUCCGCGGCACGUGCCCUCAGUAGGAAAGCCCUAAACUGUUCCAAAGUAAAUGUCGAUCAAACGGGAAAUCGAAAUUUUAGCCACUUUAUCACUAAAAGACCUUUGUAUGCAUUAAGCCCUAAAUAUGAUAACCAAAUACGAAAUAAGUCAGAGGGCGUUAAAGGUGCCGUUAUUGGUAUUGAUUUGGGUACUACAAAUUCUUGUGUUGCUGUUAUGGAAGGCAAACAAGCCAAAGUCAUUGAAAAUGCUGAAGGUUCAAGAACAACUCCUUCAGUAGUUGCUUUUUCAAAAGAUUCAGAACGUUUGGUAGGUAUGCCGGCUAAAAGACAAGCAGUAACAAAUUCAGCCAACACAUUUUAUGCAACUAAACGAUUGAUUGGUAGGAGAUUUGACGAUGAAGAAGUAAAGAAAGAUAUGAAAACUGUAUCUUAUAAAAUAGUUCGAGCAUCAAAUGGUGAUGCGUGGGUUCAGGGAAGUGAUGGAAAAAUGUAUUCUCCUAGCCAAAUAGGAGCUUUUGUUUUGGUUAAAAUGAAGGAAACUGCAGAAGCUUACUUGAAUACCAAAGUUAAGAAUGCUGUUAUUACAGUACCUGCCUAUUUCAAUGAUUCUCAACGUCAGGCAACCAAAGAUGCUGGUCAAAUUUCAGGUUUAAAUGUAUUGAGAGUCAUUAAUGAACCUACUGCAGCUGCUUUGGCUUAUGGCAUGGACAAAACAGAAGAUAAAGUUAUUGCCGUAUAUGAUUUGGGAGGUGGUACUUUUGAUAUUUCCAUUCUCGAAAUCCAAAAAGGUGUGUUUGAAGUAAAAUCAACAAACGGAGAUACUUUCCUUGGAGGUGAAGAUUUUGAUAAUGUUCUUGUCAAUCAUCUGGUUUCUGAAUUCAAGAAAGAACAAGGCAUAGAUAUUACAAAAGAUCCAAUGGCUAUGCAACGUUUAAAAGAAGCUGCAGAAAAAGCGAAAAUUGAAUUAUCAUCUUCUCUCCAAACAGACAUCAACCUUCCUUACUUGACAAUGGAUGCUUCAGGACCAAAACAUAUGAAUCUCAAAUUGUCUCGAUCAAAAUUCGAAAGUUUGGUGGGUGAUCUUAUUAAGAGAACCAUCCAACCUUGUCAAAAGGCUUUGAAGGAUGCUGAAGUUUCCAAAUCUGAUGUGGGUGAAGUUUUGUUAGUUGGUGGUAUGACUAGAAUGCCUAAAGUACAAAGUACAGUCCAAGAAAUAUUUGGAAAACAACCAAGCAGAGCUGUAAAUCCUGAUGAAGCUGUAGCAGUAGGUGCUGCAGUCCAAGGUGGUGUUUUGGCUGGUGAUGUAACCGAUGUAUUAUUACUUGAUGUAACUCCUUUGUCAUUGGGUAUUGAAACUCUUGGAGGUGUGUUUACUAGACUCAUUAACAGAAAUACCACCAUUCCCACCAAGAAGAGUCAGGUCUUUUCCACUGCCGCUGAUGGACAAACUCAAGUAGAAAUCAAAGUUCAUCAAGGUGAACGUGAAAUGGCUACUGAUAACAAACUUCUUGGUCAGUUUUCUCUUGUUGGAAUACCACCUGCGCCUCGUGGUGUACCACAAAUUGAAGUUACAUUCGAUAUUGACGCUAAUGGUAUAGUUCACGUAUCUGCUAGGGAUAAGGGAACCGGAAAAGAACAACAAAUUGUUAUUCAAUCGUCUGGUGGUCUUAGUAAGGACGAAAUUGAAAACAUGGUUAAGAAUGCUGAACAGUACGCACAACAGGAUAAGAUUAAGAAGGAUAGAGUAGAAGCUGUCAAUCAAGCCGAAGGUAUUGUACAUGACACUGAAACAAAAAUGGAAGAAUACAAAGACCAACUACCUAAAGAAGAAUGUGAUAAAUUAAAAGAAGAAAUAGGUAAAGUUAGGGAAUUAUUAGCUAAAAAAGAUGAGGCAGAUCCUGAAGAGAUACGUAAAGCCACUACCACAUUACAACAAUCAUCUCUUAAACUGUUUGAAAUGGCAUACAAAAAGAUGGCAGCAGAGCGCGAAAGUAGCAGCAGCAGUAAUCAGCAACAGGACCAGUCACCACAAGAAAAAGAAAAGAAAGAAGAAAAAAAUUAAAUUAAAGAUUUUUUUUAUAAAACUUACAAACAUUUUAGUGUAAAUAUGUGAUGUCGUUGUUUCGUCGGGAGGUACAGAUUUCCUGUUGAGUUAACCUUUAGACGGAAGUUUAUAUAUAUAUAUUUUUUCCGAUUUAAAAAUGUGCAAUUUGGCAUCUAUUUAGCUAUUUUUAUUUUGGAAAAGUUCAGUAAUUUCUCGCAUAAAAAAACUUCCCCCUUUGGACUGAUUUGUCGGAAAGAAACGGUUGAUGAAUGAUGUGUAUCGAAUGAAUCUUUAAAUAGUACCGUAUGUGUUGUACAGUUCAUUAUUUUUACUGGAUAUGUUAUGAAUUUCUGUUACAUUAAAAAUAAAUUUCAUAUAUAAUAAAA